AUGGAGCGUGGGGCCCUGAGGUCACGUGGCGAUUCAAUCACAGCUUUUCAGACCGUAUCUUUUGCGGCCUUCGGCCUUGGCCUUCAAAACUGCGGUCGCGAGGAGGGCGAAAUGCUUGACAAAAAGGCAGGCGCCAGGGCCGAAGGGAAGUCCCUUCAAUCAGUUCAUGACCGUGUUUUAUUAGGCACAAACAUUGCCCCCACAUCCCUGGAUUCUUCGGUCGCAGCCUGGGCAGAGGCCGAAAGGAUUCCAAGGGAUGGACCCUUUGCAUUCCCCUUGAACACGUCUCGCAGGCCAUCAUCACGCAAACCGCCGUUUGUCUCGUUAAAUGAAACGACGGUUUCUGAGCUUUCGCCACGUCAUCGCAUGUGUGAACGUGCAGUCAGACCGCUUCAUUUCUCGAGAGAGCCAUGCCCUUUCGUUUCAUACUCGUGUCAAUAUAAAAACCUGGCCUUCUUCAUUUCUCUUUACUCCUUCUCCUUCAUUCCAACCUGCUCUAGUGGUCUCCCCCUUGUAGCUUCUUUAGAACCAAGGCUGAGCCAUAUCCAUGGACCCCUGCGUCAUGCAGUGGUUGAGGCCGCAGUGACUGACGCGCCGAGCUUGCCGCCUGUCUCUUCGGCGGUUCUAACCGAGCUUCCGGCUAUAGCAGUCCUUGGUGCGUCGUCGGCCGCCCAAGAGACCACCUCCUCCAAUGAUCUCGAGGAGUUAUACACCAGCCUCCAUGACGAGGGAGGCAGCUCGACCUCGGCUCCUUUGGACGAGGAUUCCAGGGCCGUUGCUGGAAAGCUCCGAGAGUUCCUCUUCUUUGGGGUUCACCAAAUGACCACGACCGAGGCAUUCAUGGAGUUCAGGUCUUGCCUGGAUACGGCCAUGGCGAUGGGCCUGCUGGAUUCGGCUCAGCUGGAUGAGCUCUAG